AUGGCCAUAGGCACAAAUAAAACCGCCAACCUCGCGUCAGUUUCACUAGCAGGACUACUCGCUCAUGAUGCCAAUGCUAUCAAUGAUCUUGUAUCAGAAUGCAAAACCAAUGGGUUCUUCUAUCUCGACUUCCGACAUCCAUCUACAAGCGAUAUCCUAAAGCUUGUUGAACAGCUUUCCAUCAUUGGCAAGUCAAUGUUCAAGAUGACGCUGGAAGAGAAGGAGGAGUACAGCACGGAGAAGUAUCUCCCUUCGAGACUGCUAGGUUAUAAGCGAGCCGGAUGUUCUGUCGGGCCAUUUUCUGGAAAGAAGGAUGGUUACGAGAGUUUCUCGAUUCACAACAAUGGCAUGUUUGGUGAUGAUGCCAUGAUAGUCCCACAAGACAUCGAUGAUAACUUGGAGUUGUUCAAGAUGUUCAUGAGCGGGGUUCAUGAAUAUACUGAUUGCAUUCUGUCCAUCUUGUCAGAAGCUUUGCAACUCCCAUAUGACCUGAAACAAUGCCACAGAAAGGACAAGCCAUCGUCGGCAAAUAUGGCCAUGUUGAACUACUUGCCCUGGGGCAGCAGCGACGAGAGAAUUGGUAACAUGGCUCAUACUGAUAUGGGCACGCUAACCGUUGUCUUUUCCAAAUCUGAAGGUCUGCAGGCCAUGUUACCUGGACGUGAAGAUUGGUCGUUUAUUCCACCUCAAGAGGGGCAUGCCGUGGUAAACGUCGGAGACUCACUUCGGUUCCUGUCCAAUGGCAUGUUGGCCUCGUCACUCCAUCGUGUCGUUCCCCCGCCUGAUUCCGCUGGCCAGGAUAAGUUUUCUGUCAUAUACUUCUUGCGACCUGAGUUUGACGCCAAGUUCAAGAAUCAUGAAGGAAAAGAGAUCAACAGCGUGGAAUGGCACAACAAGAAAUAUUCCCUGUUCAGAGAGGAUAGUCUUGAUGCCAAAGAGCAUGGAGCUAUGCUUACUGGGCGGAAUGAAUAUCUUGGCGCGACGGCUAGUACUUGA